AAAUGAUUGACUCACAAAGUUUUUGUUUAUGAGCUGCUGACAGUCACCUGACUGGAAUAUGGUUGUCAUAAUUGCAGUUCUGUAUAUAAGUACUUCUCAGAACAGCUCCCAGAACAGCUGUCUCACAAGCAGGUGUUUCAACCUUAGUCUUCAUCAAACCUACCAACACAGAGGAAGUCAAGAUGAAGUUGCUGCUCGUAGCGGCUGCUGUUCUGGUCGUGGCCAGCUGUGCCAGCAUCAGCCUGGAAGACCUGGAGUUCCACGCUUGGAAACUUAAAUUUGGAAAAUCUUACAGCUCUCUAUCAGAGGAAGUUCAGCGCAAGCAAACCUGGCUUAGCAACCGUAAACUGGUUCUGGUGCACAACAUCAUGGCAGAUCAGGGUAUCAAAUCCUACCGCCUUGGCAUGACCUAUUUUGCUGACAUGGAAAAUGAGGAGUACAAGCUCCUGAUCUCUAAGGGCUGCCUGCACUCUUUCAAUGCCUCUGCGCCACGUCAUGGCUCAACCUUCCUCCGCCAGCCUGAGCUUACCGAUCUGCCCAAAACUGUCGACUGGAGGGACAAGGGAUUUGUUACCGAUGUCAAAGAUCAGAAGCAGUGCGGAUCCUGUUGGGCCUUCAGUACAACUGGAUCACUGGAGGGCCAGACUUUCAGGAAGACAGGAAAGCUGGUGUCUCUGAGUGAGCAGCAGUUGGUUGACUGCUCCGGUGAUUAUGGAAACAUGGGUUGCAGUGGCGGCCUGAUGGACAACGCCUUCAAGUACAUCAAAGAAAAUGGAGGAAUCGACACAGAGGAAUCCUACCCUUACGAGGCAGAGGAUGGACAGUGCCGCUACAAACCUGGUAAUGUCGGUGCCACAUGCACAGGCUACACUGAUGUCAGUGAAGGAGAUGAAGAUGCUCUGAAGGAGGCUGUGGCCACUGUCGGACCAAUCUCUGUAGCCAUUGAUGCUUCUCAUUCCUCCUUCCAGCUCUAUGAGUCAGGAGUGUAUGAUGAGUCUGAGUGCAGCAGUUCAGAUCUGGAUCAUGGUGUUCUGGCUGUGGGGUAUGGUACGGAAAAUGGACAUGACUACUGGCUGGUCAAAAACAGCUGGGGUCUUGGAUGGGGAGACAAGGGAUACAUCAUGAUGAGCAGGAAUAAAAACAAUCAGUGUGGUAUCGCCACUGCAGCCAGUUACCCCCUGGUCUGAAAAGGUUGAAGACUGUCCUGGGUGGGAGAAUAGUGACAUCUAAUUUACUUUGAUUUUUAUUCCAUGAACAAGCAGCUGAUACGUGGUACAAAAUGUCUUGUUUCUUUUCUUCAGAUAAAGGUAUUGGUGUACAUCUCUACGCCGUGAUGCACUUCUAAUGUAGCAGUUUUUUUUAUUAAGACUGUAAAAAAUGUAAAGAAAUGUUUUACAAUGAAAUAAAAAAAAAUGCAGACAUCUCCUAAUGUGUGCUCGUUCCAUGAUUUAUAACAAAUAGAAAGAUUGUAUUCGUGAUUAAAAAUGUGGUACAUAAACAACAAUGCUGACUGAAAUAUUUUACAGCUGUGCAAGAACAUCAUAAAAAUGCAGCAGCACACAAGGCUGGUGCAUUAACCUUGCACUCUUGGGUUGUUAGGGUUCCUUCGUAAUUUGCACUCCUGACUUUAAAACAUCAUAAUCUUUUUCUGAUACCUGUUCUGCUUGUUGAAAAGAAAAAAAAACACACAUGGGUAUUACCCAUAACAAAUAAAGUAAAAUAAUCCCACAAUGGUUUCUG